AUGGCGGACGUCCCCCCGCCCACUUCAUCCGAGCUUCUGAGGAUGGUGACCGAGCUUCAACAGGCAAAUCAGCGAAUGGCGGAAGAUAACCAGAGAAUGCAAAAUCAAAUCGCGCAGUUAGAACAAGCUCGUUUAGGGCACCAUACUAAUGAUGAUGAAAACAACGAACGAACUCAUGUUUCUGAGACACCACAAAGCAAUAAUGAAGAAGAUCAACGGAAUGAAGAAGCUCAGCCUGAAAAUGAGGAAGAACAACCUGACAACUCCGCAGGACCAUUCACGGCGGAUAUAAUGAACUUUCAACUCCCUAGACAAUUCACCCUCCCAACAACUUUAACCCCAUAUGACGGACUGGGUGAUCCAAAGCAGCAUGUUAAAAAGUUCCGAUCUAUUAUGAUUGUUAACGGUGCAUCCGAUCCAAUUCUUUGUCGAUGUUUUCCAUCUUUUUUAGACGGUCCUGCACUUGACUGGUUUUGCUCUUUGCCUGCAGAUUCAAUAUCCCGCUUUCAGGAGUUAGCUCGUCAAUUUGAAGACCAUUUUGCAGCAUCUGCAAUAUACCUCCAUGAUUCUGACUAUUUGACAACUAUUAAGCAGGGACCACAAGAGAGCCUCAAGGAUUAUAUAACUCGUUUCACGAAGGUGGCUAUGAAAAUCCCUAAUCUCCACCCCGAGGUCCAUCUUCAUGCAAUUAAGAGUGGCCUGCGACCAGGUAAAUUUCAGGAGACCAUUGCCGUUGCAAAACCAAAAACCUUGGCCGAAUUCCGCGAGAAGGCCAAAGGACAGAUCGAUAUCGAAGAACUUCGCCAAGCAAGAAAGGCAGAAAAAUCAGCAGUCAAGGAUGAUGAAAAACCACGCGAUAACAAGAAGAGCUUCAAACCGGUCCCGCGAUAUGAAUCUUAUACCCAGUUUAACACCAAACGGGAUGAUAUAAUCAAGGAAAUACUAAAUUCUAAGCUAAUCAAACCCCCUCGAAAGGCAGGCGCUUAUCCAGAAGCAAAAAACGUCGACAAAACUAGAUACUGCACUUUUCAUCAAAAGCAUGGCCACACAACCGACGAAUGUGUCAUUGCUAAAGAUUUGCUAGAGCGUUUGGCACGGCAAGGCCGGACCAGGAAAAAACAGCUUUUAUAA